CCCAAAACGACGUCGCUCAUGCCAUUCAACGACUGCGCGCGUGCGCGCGGCACAAACCAGAACGAAAUAACUCUCGCUCUCUAGUUCCUCUUCUCGUCGCGAUCCAGCCCACUCUGAUAUUAAUCUUACCCGCUUGAUCACCCACCUCCGGCAGCCACUUUUCCGCAACAACCUCCGCUUCCGGGUUCAAGAGGGACACAUCCUGGGGACUGAACUGAAGUAACCUUGUCGUUUCAAACGCAGCCCAGCCUGCUGACGCGCGCAUGUACAAAGACUCUUGCGCUAGCCUUUUCCUGUUGCUCGGAAAUGACGUACACUGCAGGGGCUGGCCGCUCAGCCAACGUUCUGGGACCGCAUUGGAAGGUCUGGCAGGGACCGUCCCAUUUUUCCUGCUUCGCCAGUUGCCGUGGUGACCUGUUGAGGCUCCGCGCGGUGAGCGGAAGUCGAGAUUUCCCGCCAAUGAUAAAGAUAGAGAGGGGGCUGAGGUGGAUCUGGGCCUAACUUGACUUUGAUUUGGAAAUGGCAGACUUGUUUGAAGUACCCCGGGCUCGCGUAGCGACAAGUCAACUGGCGCAGUACAUUGGGAAGCCCGUUUGUUUUGUGGGACGCCUAGAAAAGAUCCAUCCAACUGGGAAAUUUUUCUUCCUGUCUGAUGGCGAAGGAAAAAAUGCAACCAUUGAGCUGAACACACCUCUUGAAGAAGAGGUCUCUGGAGUUGUUGAAGUAAUAGGAAGAGUUACAAAUCAAGUAAACAUCCUAUGUGUGUCAUAUACCCAGUUCAGAGAAGAUAAAAACAUGUUUGAUCUGUCGCUAUAUAAUGAAGCUCUGAAAAUUAUCCAUGAAUUCCCCGAGUACUACUCUUUUGGUACUGAUGCAUGACUGACACUUUGUUACAACAGUGAACAAUUCUGUGAUCCUUACCGCACAGAACUAUUCCAGGAUCUCAGUAAGAGACAAGUUGGCUUAAAUUGUUCUUGGGACAAUCUGUUAUGCAUACUUUGCAAAAGUCUUAUAUGCCUAAACUAUAGUACAUAAUCCAGAAAUUACGCAUCUAAAUGGUGCUGCAGUCCUGAUGGCCAAAAAGACCCAGUCUCUGAAGACAUCAUUACUCAAUAGAUAAGUAUUUGAAUGAUAGGCUGUCAUUCAAGUAGCUUUCUUAGCUAAAUACAUAACAUGAUGGAUCUUUUUAGAUUUUACAUGCAUGAAAAGUAUCAGAACUUAGUGUAUAAUAUAAAGUGCAAGCUAUGACAUCUGAAGUAAAGAGUAUUUGGCUUUGUUCUAAGACUUGAGCUUUAGUAACCUUUCAGACAGACACCCAAACAGCAUAUUAUAGCAGUUUAAAAAUUGUAUUGCUAGGUUAACCAACCUGCACAAAGUGUCCUUGGCUGAAGGAUGCUUCACAUCCAUUAUCUUUAAUCACUACUAAUUUUACAUGGUAGUUAGAAUAUUUCUGUAAAGCAGGAGACUGUGAGAUCACUUAUGAUUUUAUGCAGAAUGUAAAGCAAUUUUGGUGAACAAGCAGUUUUUCUACGCUAAAGGACACAGACCUCUUUCAUAACGCUCACCUGCAUUUACCAGAUUUCCAAAAACAGCUCACCUUAGUCAUUACCUUACCAAGCCACGAUAUAUUAAUCCAUCCUGCCAACUUCUAACCAUUAUAUUACCACACCUAUGUCUGAUACAGUAGAACGUACUAAUUUCUACAUUAAAUAUUGACCACUUCAUUGAUUUACCAUAUGUCCAGGUAACCAUCCAUUCUGUGCUGCAGCUAAUAUAUUAUGAUCUAGGGUCUUUACAGUAUUAAACCUUUUAGAUGUGAUUACUGUUCUCUAAAUGCAAAGGUUUGACAGAACAAAAGCUGAAAAGGAAUGGGCAGAAUCCUGCAUUUUUAUUAAAGGCUAACAGCUGUAGUGUAGAAAGCAAAGAUUUUCAAUGCUGAUUGAUUUAUGGUGUGCUUAGAACCUAUUUUCUGGAGGGAUAGGGAGAAACAAGGCUACUAAAGUUACAUGCAGCCACCACUGAGGAGACACUUACAAAUGGGCAUUCGGUAGCGUGGCUAGUGCCAGCUGCUCCUGUAUAGUAAUUUUAAAUGUCAGUUUGGGAUUUCUAAGUAACACUUUCUUGAUAAGUGGAACUAAAAUAAGAUGUUGAAUAUUAUCUGUGGAGUGGGAUACUAGAUGAUAACUAUAAAGCGUUUUUGAAGGGCAGCACCUGAAAAUGUGAAAAGUAUACUGGUGAAUAUAGAAAUAUGUUGGGCUUUGGUAGUAGGUUAAAGCUAACCUGGAACAAGACAGAUACAAUGCAAGAUAACUGUUUGUGGGUAGUAAUGUGAAUAUAAGCAGCCCUUAAAGAUAACAUAUACAUGGACCUGUUACUCUGUAGAUUUAACAAUGUCUGCUUCUGAAGCCAAAGCAACUCUGUCAGAAAAUAAAAAUGCUGACAUUGUAUACAUGUGUAGGAAUUUCACUUUACAAGAUUUUUAGUCUCUUAACAGAAAAUGCACACUUGCUGAAGAAAUUAAAGUUGUUUAUAAAUUAUCCUAAAUAUGGAUUGUAAUUUGGGCUGGGAGUUGCUUUAAGCCAGAGUUGGGGAACCUGCACCAGGUGGGGCUGAUAGAAGCUAAAAUUCCAACAUCAGGAGGGCCAGGUUUCCUCACCACUGGUCUAAGCUUAGCCUUGAAUACAUCUUUUAGACUAUCAAGAAUUUGUAGAAGCAUGGUAAAUAUUUUCAGGAAUCUGCACCCAUCAUUUCAGGACCCUCAUUACAGAAUUCCAAAUAGCAGAGAUGCAACCACUGUGUUUUAGGAAUAAGGGAAAAGCUAAGUAUCAAAAUCUGCAGAGAAAUAUUGAACCUAAUUCUAAAUGUAAUAUGAAACAGGCCUGAGCACUAGCAUACAGGACCCUGAAUUGAUACAAUUUUGAGAUGUUUAUACCUUUGAAUAUCAGUUGUCAGAUUAAGUGUUAUAAAUGCUAGUCCAACAAUACUUAGUUCACUUAGGCUGCAAUCCUAUUCACAUCUCCUGAGUAAAUCCUGUUGAACUCAGUGGGGCUUGUUUCCAAGUAGAUAAAAGAUUGCACUGGUAGAAUAAAGGGGCACUUAUAAUUAGAUGCAGGAAGAAUGACAUUUCAAAACCCAAUUAUUCCAUAUCAGGUGGACUAAAUUACUAUUUUUUUAAAAGGGAAGCAUCAUUUGGCUUUGCCCCCUGCUAUGAAAUCCUACUUCUCAGUCUUAUGAGCUGUUGGAUCAUUACAAUGAUUUGUAUAGCACCAUCAGCAUAGUGCUUUAGAGAGCAACAUAAGAAAACAGUGUAUUUCUAAGUGUACAGCAGACAAAGGAGAUGAAUGAGAUUAAAUGCAGUUGCUUGUAUUUAAAACUUGAUUUGGUUAAAAAUGAAACUAAUGGUUUAAGCCACAUGGGUUCAGGGACAGUACAAGCUUAAAGGGUUUGAAGAAAUAUAGCAUCACUUACCAGCUCUACAACAGAGUUCUAGGCAUUGAGGGCAGCAAGAGAAAGUGGACAGUAUUGAUUCAGUAACAUUUAAAACAUUUAAAAAGUCUAAAAACAUUUUAGGUCUGUGUAAAAAAAAGUGAUACUUUCACUUUAGCCAUCAAGAGUUCCUUGUUUCUUAAAUUAUAUUGAAAAAGCAGUAAAACAUAGCCUAAUUUUUUAAUGCAGAUUUCCUAUAAAUAACUGAUAGUUUAAAAAUUACUUAAGUGUUGUAGUUUCCCUCUUUAUUUGAAAUUGUUAACAUCCAGGGCUACCAAUGCUGAAACUAAGCACAACACUAUUAAAUAUAGUACCAGUAUCUUCCUGGACUGUUUCAGCAUAUGAAAGACAUGAAACGUUAAAUUUAAUCAAAAUGGCAAGUUAAGCCAUAUUUUAUUUUACAAUUUCUAGAGGAAAGGCAGCUGUAACUAUUAACAGUUAAUCACUUUACUUGAUUAAAACCCUCAGUCUAUAGAAAUACACACAUGUGCCCAAAUGCUGAAGAACACAUUUUGAAAACAGAACCAAUGUCUACACGGUGCAGCUAUUAAAUCACUGGGUACUGACCUAGAGAGUGUUAACAUGUUCAUACACAACUUCCAUGUACACAGAUAUCUUAUUCAUUUCAAGGGCAAAGGCAGUUCUACAUUCUCAAGACAUGUGCAUGCACAACUAUGCCAUCUUAAAGUCAAAAUACAGCUUUUAUUUUACAAAAAUACUACUUUUAAAACACCCAUGGAACACAUUAAUAGCAAUUUAUAUUUACAUAUUCAAUGUAAGGUUUUUUUUACAGAAAGGAAGUAGACACCAUAUUAAUAUUCAUGCUCUUUUAAUACUCUGAAUAUAAGGACACAAAAAUAAAGUCUAUACAUUGCUCUUAAUGGCUUAAAAUUCUACAUAUUCUGGAAACGAUUAUUAAAGCAACUACUAAUUUUUUUACAAAAAUAUGAGAAGUUGGAUAUUGUGGAUAUGCAUCUCAAAUAUAGAUCAAUAGUAAAAAAAAAGGCAAUUCUGAUGGGAAGUAGUCUUUGACCAAGGCAAUAUAAUAAGAGUUAACAUAGCUGUGUACAUAAAAAUAAAUAUUUGUCUUCAUUAAGGAUUCAUUUUUCCCUUUUAACAUCACAUCAGUGUAUAGAUACUGUAAGCUUGGAUCCAAAGUGACCUAUAUGUAAGUGGAAGUCAUUUCCAUUUGAGCGUGUGACCAGUGUCUGACCCACCCACUCCCCCUGGCUGGCCCUGUACUACACUGCACAUCUUUUGAAGCGUUGCCCAGGUGCAUUCAGAUUAUGCAUAGUUCUUUGGAUCCAAGCCCUUAGUUUUAAAACUAAAAACAUAAGAUUGUCAAUUAGGCAACUAUAGUAUAAACUAAAGAAUAUUAAAUUGCAUUGAAAACGUGCGAAGUUCAAGUUUCUAUUUGGCUAGUGAAAUCUGAAUGGCAGACAUUUGCCUUCUUGCUAAUUAUCUUCUGUGUUUUUCUUGGUGAUGUAUUAUCUUUCUAUAUUGUUUUGCCAGUAAAUAAGCAUGUUGCCCACAUCCCUAAGCUCAUUUUGUUUUGACAUAGUUUAAAACAGUUUUUUUUAUUGCUCAUGAAAAUCUGGUAAGAGCAGCCAAUUACCACAACUGGGCAGGUGAUAUUCCAUGUUACCCAAAUUUUGUAAAUGAACUUUAACUGUAAUGCCUCAUGCUGUUUUUGACUAUGUAUAUGCUUGAGAUUUUCUGAUCCAAAUGAAUGUCAAAAUUUG